GUGGUUACAGGAAGUAUAUAUAGGCUAUAUUAUGCAUGUGAUCUUUUUUAAUCAAAGACUGUACACGAUAAUUUACAAAAAUAAAGUCAAGGAAAAUUUACCAUGGAGAUGUUCAAUAAGCAAAAGACCCUGACAAUGCGGAAAAAACUUAUUGGGCAAUCUUGCCGGCUUUUUUACUCGGAUGAUCCAGUGAAGAUAGUUAGAGCUCGCGGACAGUAUUUAUACGACGAGAAUGGGACGAAGUACCUGGACUGCAUCAGCAAUGUUCAUCACGUGGGGCACUGCCAUCCAGCCAUUACCAAGGCUGCGGCUGCUCAGAUGGAACUCCUGAACACCAACACGCGUUUCCUGCACGACAACAUUGUCCGUUACGCCGACCGCCUCGCCGCCACCCUCCCGGACAAGCUCUGCGUCUUCUACUUUGUGAACUCUGGGUCAGAAGCCAACGAUCUUGCCCUGCGCUUGGCUCGCCAGUACAGCCGCCACGAGGACGUGAUCGUGCUGGACCAUGCAUACCAUGGACAUCUGACGUCACUGAUUGACAUCAGUCCCUACAAGUUCAGGAAACUGGGGGGGCAGAAAGAAUGGGUUCACGUGGCCCCGCUCCCUGACACCUAUAGGGGGCGCUAUAGGGAGGACCACCCAGACCCUGCCCAAGCCUAUGCAGAUACUGUGAAGGAUCUGAUAGAAGAGGUUCAGAAGAAAGGCCGCAAGAUUUCUGCUUUUUUCGUGGAGACUUUGCCCAGCGUCGGAGGCCAGAUCAUACCCCCCACCGGAUAUUUCCAGAAGGUUGCAGAGCACGUGCAUGCGGCGGGGGGGCUGUUCGUGGCGGACGAGGUGCAGGCGGGGUUCGGACGGGCGGGCACCCACUUCUGGGGGUUCCAGCUGCAGGGCGAGGACUUCUGCCCCGACAUCGUGACCAUGGGCAAGCCCAUGGGCAACGGGCACCCGGUGGCAUGCGUGGCCACCACGCAGGAGGUCGCCAGCGCCUUCACCGCCAACGGCGUGGAGUACUUCAACACGUUUGGCGGAAACCCCGUGUCGUGUGCGAUCGGGCUGGCGGUUCUGGACGUGAUCGAGGAGGAGAACCUGCGGGGGAACGCCAGGGACGUGGGAGCUCGCCUCCGGAGCCUUCUGCAGGGCCUGAUGGCCAAACACCCCCUCAUUGGCCACGUGCGAGGCGCCGGGCUGUUCGUGGGGAUGGAGCUGGUGACGGACCGGGAGAAACGCACCCCGGCCAGCGCGGUCGCCGCGCAGCUGGUGAACAGGAUGAAGGAGGAAAGGAUCGUCCUCAGCACGGACGGACCCGACGAGAACGUCGUCAAGUUCAAACCCCCGAUGUGCUUCAGCGCGGCCGACGCGGAGCUCGUGGCUGAGAAAAUAGACCACAUUCUCACAGGUAUGGAGUCGGAGAGACAAAAGACAGGAGACCGCGUUUGAGAAGGUUCCUGACCAAGGCAACUUGAAAUUGGGCUCCCAACCCCUGGCUGCCGCCUCCACAGAGCAGAUUGGUGCAUUAAGACAUUUGCCAAGAGGGUUUAUGAUCAUUUUUUUUGUAUGAAUUCAAUCACAGUAUUAAUGAAGUAUGAACCACUCCAUACAAUGAAGUGGCAGAACUGGAAACUGCACACCAGUGAUGUCAGUUAAUUAAACGGGUUAACCCAUAAUGCUUUGCUUCACUGAGUUCAAGACCUUCACUACUCUCAGGUGAAUCAGAGGCUUACCUGACAGAACCCAAGGAGCCAUGUCUUUGCAGUAAGAGCUAGGUGUGCCUGAAGAGCAGGUACACCACUGAAAGCAUACAACCCUUACAGCAGGUUCACACCAUCACGCACCCCCUACCUGAGCAGAACACUCUGCCAUGUUUCACAGGUACAGGCACAGCACGGUACACAUUCUGUGUUUAUCUUGUGGGACAGGGUCACCUCACACAAUGUGUACAUUCAAAUUGCGAUUAAAAGCCCGUUUCUAUGGCUGCACGACAGAAGCUGGGUUUUUCCAAACAUACGGUAACUUGUGUCCAGGGCCUGCCGAUGUUAACCAUUGAUGCGCAUCGUGGUUAAAAAAACAAAUCUAAACCAGAAAGGAGUCUAGAUGCAUGUUACAUUAAGGAGAAAAAAAAGAGAGAAAAAAAAAGGAAAA